AUGGAAAAAGAAGUAGAUGAAAGGCUACCUGACAGAGCCUCAAGACCUCAUUUGACUCUAAGUAACAACUACACAGCGGUGACUGAGUUUAUUCUCCUGGGACUGACAGAUCGACCUGAGUUGCAGCCUCUCCUUUUUGUGGUAUUCCUCGUCAUCUACCUUAUCACAGUAAUCGGCAAUGUCAGCAUGAUUUUAUUAAUCAGAAGUGACUCAAAACUUCAUACUCCGAUGUACUUCUUCCUCAGCCACCUUGCCUUUGUAGAUCUCUGUUACACCACUACUGUCACUCCUCAGAUGCUGGUUCAUUUCUUAUCCAAGAGAAAAACCAUUUCCUUUCUUGGUUGCUUCAUACAGUUCCACUUUAUCAUUGCCCUGGUGAUCACAGAUUAUUAUUUGCUCACAGUGAUGGCUUAUGACCGCUACAUGGCCAUUGGCAAACCCUUGCUCUAUGGGAGCAAAAUGUCCCAAAGUGUCUGCCUCGCUCUUGUUGCUACUCCUUACAUUUACGGCUUUGCCAAUGGUCUAGCACAGACCAUCCUGAUGCUCCGCCUCUCCUUCUGUGGACCCAAUGAAAUCAGCCACUUCUACUGUGCUGACCCACCUCUCUUAGUCCUGGCCUGCUCAGAUAUGUAUGUCAAAGAGACUGCCAUGUUUAAAGUGCCCAUCACCAAUGCCAGUGCACUGACAGAAGUCAUCCUCCUGGGGCUCACAGAUUUCCCAGAACUCCAGCCUCUCCUCUUUAUGCUGUUCCUGGUCAUUUACCUCGUCACCAUCCUAGGCAACCUGGGCUUGAUGGUGUUAAUCCAACUGGAUCCUCGCCUUCACACCCCCAUGUAUUUAUUCCUCACCAACUUAGCCUUUGUGGACUUGUGCUACACCUCAAAUGCAACCCCACAGAUGCUGACUAAUCUGUUCUCAGAGAAGAAGACCAUCUCAUUUGCUGGCUGUUUUGCACAGUGUUACAUUUUCAUAGCACUGCUCCUCACUGAGCUUUACAUGCUGGCAGCCACGGCCUAUGACAGCUCUGUGGCCAUAUGCGACCCUUUGCGCUACAGUGUUAAGAUGUCCAGGCGUGUCUGCUUGUGCUUGGCCACAUUUCUUUAUGCUUAUGCCUUCUCAAAUGUGUUCCAGGCCAUCCUGACCUUCUGUUUGACCCUCUGUAGAUCCAAUGUCAUCCACCAUUUCUACUGUGCUGACCCACCACUCAAACUUUCUUGCUCUGAUACUUAUGUCAAAGAGCAUGCCAUGCUCAUAUCAGCUGGUUUCAACCUUUCCAACUCCCUCACCAUCAUCCCAGUGUCUUAUGCCUUCAUUAUUGCCACCGUCCGCAGGAUCAAAUCAGCAGAGGGAAGGCACAAGGCAUUCUCCACCUGUGGUUCCCACAUGAUGGGUGUAACCCUCUUUUAUGGCACCCUCUUCUGCAUGUAUGUAAGACCACCCAUAGAGCAGACUGUUGAAGAAUCCAAAAUCACAGCUGUCUUCUACACCUUUGUAAGUCCACUGCCUUAUCCGUUGAUCUACAGCCUGUGGAACAAAGAUGUAAAGCAGGCCUUGAAGAGAGUGCUCAGUAGAAAUGUCACUAAGAUGGCAAUGCCUCCCAUUUUCAAUAAACCAUAA